CUCUCAGGCUUAGGAUGUCGCUUGUAUUCGCGUGGGAACCCCCCGCGGGCUGACGUCAGAGGUAACCGGUCAUUGGCACAGAGCCGAUCGAUGUCCCAGGGGUAGAAAGCCGGACUGCCUCCGUCUGGGGGUAACAGGGGAAUGACCGGCCAUGUAUGAAUGACAUCGCAUAGACAUGCUAUGCGGAGAGCUCGGAAUGUAAACAGGAUAUCUUUGGCAUAACAAGGAAGCCAUUUUUUUUUACUCCAGGGACAAUGCCAUUGGUCACCUUGCCCGCAAGAGCUUGGCCCUCCUUGUGCCAUGUAAGAAUUUACCCCAGGAGGGGCACAUGCCUUUUUUUACAAUGGAGAAACCUUGGAACCCAGAAUUCAAGACGCGCAUGGAGGUUCAGCAAGGUCCAGGCUUUGGCAAAGGUCACUUUGACGUGUUGGGGCUUUAAACACGUGGCAUCUAUAGCUUUGUGCGAGAAGCUGCACCGAAACGAAGCUCCCCGUGAAAUGGUUGUGAAUUUUGACCAUCGGAAUCGGCCGGAAAGUUUACUAAGUAAAGUCAAUUUUAUCGUCUUAUUAGGGAUCCGCGCUUGCAUUCUCUUCCUAAAAUUUGGGCCUCUCCUCUUAGUGUACCCUCUCACGUUCCUCUCUACCACCCUUGGAACGCUUUGGCUGAAACUACUCCUGAAGGCUACUGAAAGCUCUGGUCCCGCUUGCAUUAAACUGGGCCAGUGGGCUAGCACUCGACGAGACCUUUUCUCUGAAGAGUUUUGUGUUCUGUUUUCCAAGCUUCACGUCAAGGUGACCCCUCACCCAUGGGAUUACACCGAGCGCUGCCUGAGAAGAGCAUUUGGAGAUGACUGGGGCCGUCUACUGAGGUUCCAGAGUCGAGAACCCAUUGGUUCCGGGUGCGUGGCGCAGGUCUACAAGGCCUAUGCCGACCUCUCCAAUAUUCGCGAGCUGCUUCCUCAAACCCGGAUCGAGACCUUUGAUCAGGAGCCGUCGUACGAAGCCUGGGAAGUUCUGGGCCUGUCUGGGAUUUUUCGACGUUUUAGGAAAUGGAGACAACCUUUCAACUCAACGGAAAAACAAGGACCUGCCUCGGAAGGAACGACCGGUACCCAGCCUGGACUUCCAGAUACCCUUUCUGCCCCUAAAGGUUCAGAUGCCAAUCAUUUAACACCAAUUGCUAUAAAAGUCCUUCACCCAGGCCUUCGUCAGGAGGUGAGAAUGGACCUUCUACUCAUGAAGACCUGGAGUCGCUUGCUUGGCCUCAUUCCAGGCUUCAGGUGGCUAAGCCUGACCGAAAUCGUUGAGGAAUUCGAAAAGCUCAUGACCCAACAAAUCGACCUGCGCUUUGAGGCCAGAAAUUUAGAGCUUUUUCGAGAUAAGUUUGAGAAAAUAGAUUUUAUAAGGUUUCCAACUCCACUCCGACCCUUUGUCACCAGAAACAUUCUGGUGGAGACAUUCGAGGAAGGAGACUCUCUGUCUACCUACCAACAAGAUGGAGAGAAUUCCCAGAUGAAGAAGAGGAUCGCUGCGAUGGGCAUUGACAUGUUACUAAAAAUGGUUUUCGUGGAUAAUUUUGUCCACGCCGACCUUCACCCUGGUAACAUUCUAGUGCAGGGAGCGCAACAAUUUAUCGCGAGCCACGUGGACCAAACCACUCUAGUGGACAUGUGUGACACCCUGGUGGUCGAUGUCCGUCCGAGCCGCUGCCCCCUCAGACUGGUGCUUUUAGACGCCGGGAUCGUGGCUAGGCUUCAGGAGAGGGAUCUUGAGAACUUCCGCGCGGUGUUUACAGCCGUGGUUUUGGGGCAGGGAGAAAAAGUAGCCGAACUGAUCGUUCACCACGCGAGAGCCAAUCAGUGCAAAGACGUGGAGGCGUUCAAGUCGCAGAUGGCGGAGCUGGUGAACGAGGCUCGGAGGAACACCGUCUCGCUGGGGAAGCUCCAGGUUGGGGUUUUGCUUUCUCAAGUUUUCCGACUUCUCAUGACUCACAAGGUAAAGCUGGAAAGCAACUUUGCGUCCAUUGUGUUCGCCAUCUUGGUUCUAGAAGGCCUUGGACGGUCACUAGACCCUCACAUAGACAUUCUGGAGGCAGCCAGGCCGCUCUUGGUGAAGAACGCAGCUUCUCUCAUGUAAAAUGGAUAAUAACCCCGACCUCUGCAUUUACAGAUAUCCACAACACCAUUCGGACAUUUACCACGUUGGUAUUUUGUGAUAUUGGCAACGUGAUCGAUGCAUGCUGGAAUUUUAUUAUUUCCCCCAUCAUUUUUGUACAUUUUUUCCCCCAAGAGCCCCAGUUCUUCAAUGUCAAAUUUACGUAGAACGACCUGUAUUGAAUGUCGAGGAUCAAAUCUUUUUUAUGGUUUCCUGGGUUCCAAACAGAACCUUUGGCUUUGAGGCCAUUUUUAAAAGCUUCAUGCUGCAAUAGGAGAAAUACAUUUUGUUGGGAAAAAAAUGUUAAGAAUUUGUCAGUUGUUUAUUUUAUUUGAGCUUAAAAAAGGGAAAUUUAAAAUUUUGCAACAUAGAUGUUUUUUAAGUGUAUCAGUCAGGUCCUAAUAUAUUUCUUUGAUACCGUGCUAUGUUAUGCCAUAAAAAUUCUUGUUUUAAGCUUGAGAAUUGUACGUGCACCCAAAAAAGUAAAAUAAUAAAAA